AUUAAAUUCUUCUUCUCAGGUACAACUUCUUCUCUUUCUCUCUCUAGACUAUUUUACACACUAGACAUUAUCCGUCUCUUCCUCUUAUACAUCCUCAUUCAUCGUCCGUCCUCUUACUAGACCAUACACUACCACACCACCCAUACUAUCGAUAACAGUCACCAUGAAGGCCGCUCGCCGCCCAAUGCGGGCGCUCGCCAGCGCCCCCGGCCGCCGCUAUGUCAGCCGGACCAGCAACGCGAAGUCGUCCGUCGCCGUCUCGCCCGCCUCGUCCACCACUACCCUGCAACACCAGGUCUCCGCCUCGCUGCAGAGCACCGUCUCCUCCACGCCGCUGGCCAAGCUGCCCCUCUCGACCGUCCUCCGCUCGCUCGUCAUCCUCUCCGUCUCCUCGUCGUCGCUGCUCCUGAAACCAUGCAUCUUCGCCCUGUCGACGCUGGCGCACCCCAAGUCCGCCCUGCUGGACGUGGCCCGCAACCCGCUCCUCAACGCCGUCGUCAAGCACACCAUCUACAAGCAGUUCAACGCCGGCGAGAACAAGGUCGAGGUGCAGCGCUCCAUCCGCGACAUCAAGUCGCUGGGCUACCGGGGCGUGCUGCUGGGCUACGCGCGCGAGGUCCUGGUCGGCGAGGGCCAGGUCGACCCGUUCGAUGAGCAGCUCGCCCGCGAGGAGAUCCAGACCUGGCUGGACGGCACCCUGAAGACGGUGGACAUGGCGCAGGAGGGUGAUUUCGUGGCUCUUAAAUGGACCGGAAUGGGCCACCAAGUCCUCCAUUACCUGCAGAACAAAUCCGACCCCUCGGAGCUAAUGGACAAGGCGAUCAAGCAGGUGUGCGACCUGGCGAUCGCGCGCAACGCGCGCCUGCUCGUCGACGCCGAGGAGCAGGCCGUGCAGCACGGGAUCGAGAACUGGGCGCUGCGGUACCAGAAGUACUGCAACGCGCGCACGCCGGGCAAGGCCAUCUUCUUCAACACCUACCAGGCCUACCUGAAGUCGACGCCCGCCACCAUCGCCCGCCACCUGGAGUUCGCCCGCGAGAACGGCUUCACCGCCGGCGUCAAGCUGGUGCGCGGCGCGUACCUGAAGACGGAGCCGCGGCAGCUGAUCUGGGACGUUAAGGAGGACACGGAUGCCUGCUACGACGGGGUCGUCGAGGCGCUGCUGACCCGCCGCUACAACGCGAUGCUCCGCCCGGCUUCGGAGAAACACACCGAGCAGCUGCCCCCGCUGAACGUGAUCAUCGCCACCCACAACCGCGACUCCGUCCGCAAGGCCCACGCCAUCCGUCUGAAGCAGGCCGCCACCGGCGAGUCCCAGGGCGUCGAUCUGAGCUACGCCCAGCUGCAGGGUAUGGCCGAUGAGGUCAGCUGCGAGCUCCUCCAGGGCUUCCCCGGCGGGGAGGGCGCCGCCGCCACCGAGUCGCCCAACGUCUACAAGCUGUUGACCUGGGGUACCGUCAAGGAGUGCAUGGGCUUCCUGAUGCGUCGCGCGGUCGAGAACACCGAGGCCGUCGGCCGCACCAAGCAGUCCCAGGAGGCGAUGAUGGGCGAGUUGAGACGUCGGGCGCGUCGGGCUUUCGGUCUGCGCAACUGAUGCUUUACGAUUUUUGUUUUCUUUGUGGUUUUUGCGGAUUAUAUCCUUUUCUUCCUGCGUGUUGAGAAUAUUGGCGUCCUUUGGUUGCUGUUUGGUUUCGGGAUCGGUUCUGAGUCCCUGAGCGUCUCAUUGCAUUUCAGAUGGCGUUAGCAUUAACUUUCAAACUCCCUUAGCUUUUGUUGGUGGCUGGAAUGAGAUCAAGAUUGAUAUUGAUACUACUGUUGUCGUUUUGAGGACUUUCGUAAUUUUCUGGUGUUUCUCUGGGGUGAGAACAUUGUUGGGAACAUAGCAUCAGCCGUGGUCUACUAGAAUUACCCACCUAUGAAGUGUUCU